AUGACCCCUGGCGAAGAUGAGCGGCUUGUUGAAGAUGGCAAAAUUGACGGUCCCAGACCGCCACUUACGCGUGCGGCGAAGCCGUCAGGUCCAAAGCACACCGUGGGUGCCUCACAACAGCAGGCACAGUCUCGCAAACACGAUUACGAAUCGAAUGGACUGCAGCUGUUGGCAGAUUACGAUUCCGCUUCUGCUUCUGACGAACAAACCGGAGGGGAACUCCAGGGCCAGGAGCAGGCCUCUUCUCCCAGGGCCAUUGCCGGCAGUGCAGCGGCAACCGCGGCGGCUGCUGAACCGGCAGAUCAGCGGGAAGAGGGCGGCGAGCCUAUUACGUCUUGUGUCGGGGUAGAGUUGUGCACUGACAAUGGACCCACGCCUCGGCAAGAGGCCUCUACUCUAGCCUGCGGGCCUAUACCUGCCGCACUGGUCCCACAAGUGGCGGCGCCCCCUGCAGCGGAGGGGCUGGAGGACGCCAAGGAAAGAAGGAUUGGCAGUGAGAGGGACAGGCGGGCAUCGGAAGACCACCAGCCUGCGGCAAGUGCAAUGGAAAAUGACUUUCCGACGGCAGCUACAGCUGCGCAAGAAUCUCCUGAGCAGCAGCAGCCCGCGGAGGUGGUCCCGCCGUCGGGGCACUAUCCUACGGAGCAGCCGUUGGAGGAGGCACCGAAUGGGGACGAGCACGCUGUGUCGCAAGCGUCCCCUGCUCUUCAGGACUUAAAGGACGCUCAGGCGGCAAUGCCAGACAUGGCUCCUGGUCAGGUGGCGAAACGGGAUGAAGCCGCGGUCGUUGAGCAAUUCACAGAGGCGGGGCCAGACGGGGUGGGAGAGCAGCGACUAGCACAGGACGUGGACCAUGCUACACAGCAGGAGCGAGCCGUGCUGCCUCUGGGUCAGGAGCCCCUCGCCCGACAGCAGGUGUUGGCCCCGUUGCCGGUGGUUCCACCACCACCCGAACAGGAGGAGCUAGUCCGCACGGGGCAGCUCCUAUCUGCCGUUAAAGCGCAACCCGUGCAGCAGGGGGCCGCUGCUUCAGCACCUGAACAGGAGCAGCAGCAAGCCGCAGUGCUGCAGGGGGGGUUCAAUGACCAGGAACAGCAGCUACUGCAGCGGCAGCAGCCUCCAUGUGGGCGUGACGAAGCCUCAGCAGGGAGCCGAGAGCAGGCUGGUGAAGAGGGAGCCGGGCCUGCGCCUGCGCAGGGUGGCCUUAAUGACCCCAGCCCUGAUUGGAGGAUCCAGAUCAAGGGUGAAAGCAACGAGCAAAGUCGGGAGGAGGGUCGGGGGCAACCUAAGGAUGGGGACCAGGUCCACGACGGGGACGCGAGUAGCGGCGAUGGCCAGCGCCAUGAUCAAGCUGAUCAGCUGCAGGGGGUUGCGCAGGAGGAGGCCCGUGGGAGCCCGCAGCCCAUGGAGAUGGAUCCGCCGCCGGCGCGAACGUCAGCGCCUCAGCAGCAGGAACCUGAACAGCAACAGCAGCGGGCGAGCGAGGAUCAGCACCAAAAACAGGAUCAGGAGGAAAACGAAGAGCAGCAGCCGAAGAAGGAGGCGCCGGAGCCGGUCAAACAGGCGCAACCUCCGCGGGUGAAGUCUGAGCCUGAAGGGAAGGAGAAGCCGCCGGCUAAGGGGAAGCAUGCAAGCGGGGCAGAGCCCAGGCGGGGCCAAGGUCAGCGGCAGACCAGGGCGGCGGCAGCGGUGGCUGCCGCUGCUGCAGCCGCCCUGGCGCCGUCGGGACGGCCGGUGCGGGCUGCUGCGGCCAACGCCAAGUUCUCCAUAACACUGAUGGGCCCAAACCGCGAGCAAGUCAUGGCCAUGAUGGCGUAUGACCUUUGGCCGACGGAGGACUUGCCACCGCCGCCGCCGCCAGCGCAGCAGCAGGAAACCUCACCGGGUGUCGCCGGCCGCCAGGGCAGCGCCAGCCCCGAUGCAGCGGCUGCUGUUGCGAGGGGUGGCGGCGACGGACCGCCGCCAGCGAAGCGGGUGAAGCAGGAGCGCGGCACAACUGUCGUGUCAGCACCGGCAGAGUCCUCCGGGGCACCCUCUCCUACGACCGCGACGCCGUCAGAAGCCACUGCGACUGCCAGCGGUAGCGGUGCCAAGCGCGGCUGCAAGACCGGCACCGCUGGCUCAGCGGGGGCCCGCGCCGUCGCCGCCGGUGACGCUGUGGCCUCCGUUGGCAGCAAGCGCCCCGCUGACGGAUCCGCAAAGCCCCUUUCCAAGUCCCCCAAGCUCAACGCCGUUGCCACCCCGUCUGCCAAGCCUAGCGGUCACAAGACCGAACCGAACUCAGCCAUCGCUGACGACGAUGUAAGCAAAAAGUCUGCCGGGGCCGCUGGCGACGGCAGCCCUAUCACCACUGCCGCGGCUGCGGCUUCCAACACUCCAAAGAAGCCCUCUCGUAAGCAGAAACAGCCAGCAGAGGCCGGAGGCGGGGGUCGAGGCGGAGGAAGCGGCAGGCGUGGAAGUGCAGGGCGUGGCGCGAAGGUUGACCAUGGGGGCCCGGGACGGGGGGACUUUGUGGAGUAUUCGCCCUGGCUGGACGGGGGUCCCGUUAAACUGGAUGAGUUGCAGACGGAGUUUGUCCGGGAGCUGUGUCGCAGCAUCUUCCACGAGCGGGAGCAGGCGCCGGUGAACGCCAAGGCGCUGCUGCGGUGUCGCGGCAUGCAGGGCAAAAAGAUCGAAUAUCGCAAGCGCGACGGCAGCGGCAAGUACCUGCCAGUUCAUUACGCCAACAUCAUGGAGCGUGGGCAGGUGGCCUGCCUCUGCAGCGUCUGCGACGGCAAGCGGCGCUUCUCCCUCACGGAGUUCGAGGUGCACUGCGGGGGCUCCCACAAGAAACCCGCGGACCACACCUACGUGACGGAGCUGCGUCUCAACCUGCGUGAUCUAGGUAGCAUGGCGUGUCGCUGUCUGGGGCCAUCGUAUACCACGGCAGCGGGCAGUGGCGGUGGUAGCGGCAACGGCUGUGGCAGCGGAGUUGCUGCCGCCGCCGCUGACGCUUCUGGCGGUGGUGGUGGCAGUGGAGCCGCCCGCGCCGGACAGUCGACGCCGGGUAGCCCUACGGGGAUAGGGGCGAAUGUGAGUGGGCCGGCUGCAGCAGCCGGAGCACGUGCAGUGGCUGCGGCGGCGGCAACUGCUGCCGCUGCUGCUGCAGCGGCUGCUGCUGCAACCGCGGCGGCGGCGGCGGCGGCAACGCCGGCAUGCAGCAGCCAGCGCUCCCCGCCGGCGCCGUCGAACACCACAGCAGCAACUGCAAAGUCAGUGGAGGCGGCGGCUGAACCCGCAAGCACAGCCACCGUGGCGGCCAGGACUGCCGCCGCUCGGGUGCCCCCGGCGGCCAACGCAGUCGAUGAUGAAGUCACGACCGAGACGGCGAGCACGGAGACGGCGUCAACGGCGAAAGCAGGGAAGGAGGAGGACGAGGUGGAGGGCACGGUGGGGCCGUCGCUGGGAGAGGCCAAGGUGGAGCCGGUGGACUCGGCACAGCGUCGGACGGCGUCGGGGGCGGCAGUAUCGGGACCGGAUCCAUCGUCCGAGGAGCGCCCGACGGUUCCUGAGGGGUCCUGUACGGCCUGCCGUCGAGCAUUGCCGCCAGGCUACAAGGACUUGGCUUCCUGCAAAGCCUCCGCGCCGCAGGUCCUGCACUGCUCCUCAUGUGGCGGUUAUUGCCACGCGUCAUGCGCCUCCACGGUCGGGUUGUCGCCAGGAGGCAGCCAGGAGCCCGCCUGGCAAUGUCCCGCAUGCCGUCAAGCCUCCGCCAAGAAGCGCGUCAAGCGGCCCAACACGGCGUUUGUAGAACGUGAUGUGGGCCUGGACGUUGGAGGCAGAGGGCGGGGCCGCGGCCGCAGCCGCAGCGCCGGUAGGGUGGCGGCGGCGACGCCGCCGCCGGUAUGCGCCGGGCGUGGGCGCGGUCGCGGCAGCAGCGGCGCAGCGACAUACAAUCGGGCGCAGUUGACGGAGGCAUUUUUCAAGGCACGUGUGGCGUGCUUCAAAGCUGACGGCGCCGCGCCAACCGCAAGUGGCGGCGGCGCGUCGGCAUCCGCCGUCACUGUCUCAGCGACAACGGCGGCGGCGACGACGACGGCGGAUGAGGUUGGAACCGAGACGGUGAAGGGAUCCGGAGCUGCCGCCACCGCCUGUGAUAGCCGCGACAGCGGCGGCAAGGGCUCCAACCUUGCGCAAGCUCGGGCAGCGGCGACGUCGGGGCCGCGUGGGGCCGCUGCGGCUGUCGCCGCCGCUCCCGCAUCACACAAACACCGUGAAUGGGAGGCAGAGGACGGCGGAGAGGACGAGGAGGAGGAGGACGAGGGGCAGGAGGAGGAAGACGGAGUUGGCGAGGAGGUUGAAGAGGACGAGGAAGAUGAGGACGAUGAUGAGGAUGAUGAGGAUUACAAUGGCAAUCAACGCCGACGCAAGCGUGUCAAGGCUGCUAGCGCGCCGACGAAGCUGGCCUUCGCAAUGCCUGCGGCCCGCGGUGGCGGUGGUGGUGGUGGUGGCCGUAUUCAGAUGUCCCUCCCGAUGGGUAUGCGUGCCUCUGCUGCUCGCACGUCGGCGUCGCAGCGGAGACCCAUUCGCAGCAGGACGCUGUUUGACGGCGGUCCUGACAGCCUGCAGGACGGGGAGCGGGUGCACUACACGAUUCAGGGUCAGCGCCUCCUCAGCGGUACGGUGGUCAUUGUGCAGCGCACUGCCGGCAGCGGCAUCCUCUGCGACUGCUGCAGCAAGGUCAUCAGCGCGUCGGCCUUCGAGUCGCACGCAGGCCACAAGCACCGCAGGAAUCCCUACGAGUCCAUCAUGACGGACAACGGCACGACGCUGAAGAGGAUCGCCGAGAGGAUUACGCCGCCCCUGGCCCCGGCUGCGACAGUGAAGGCGAAGGCAGAGCCCACCGCAACCACCACGACGGGGCCAGCGGGAUGUACGGCGGCUGGGCUCGCGAGCCCGGCCGCACCCGCGUCGGCGACACCUCCAAAGGCGACGGCCACCACACCGUCAAAGGCGACGGCGAUGGCGACGCCGCGAUCGCAGCACAAGCACGCUGCGCCUGCCACGAGCUCCGCCGGGGUGGAGGCGGGGACCUCCCACGACGGGGAGGCGGGGACGCCGCUGCCGCAGGUCUCGCAGCUACCUCCCCGCUCCAACAUUUCCCCCGCAAAGGCAGCGGCUGCCGCUGCUGCCGCUGCGGCGGCGGCGGCAGCGGCUGCGGUGGCUCGUGCGGAGGCCGGCUCCAGCGUUCCCGACACCGCUCACGCCGUUGGCGAGGGCGGCGAGGACUGUGAGGGCUGCUCCGACAGCGUCACGCUAACGGGCAGAGACGAGGAACACGUCUCCGAGGCCCUGGCUGCCGACCUGGCCAGCAGCUGUGUGCUUUGCCACCAGCCCGAGUUCGACCGGGAGGGCUUCAGCGACCAGACGGUGCUCAUUUGCGACCAGUGUGAGAAGGAGUACCACAUCGGUUGCCUCCGGAAACACAAAAUGGUCGAUAUGCAGGCGGUGCCCGAGGGUGAGUGGUUUUGCAGCGACGAGUGCGUGAGGAUCCGGGAGCUGCUGACCAAGUCCCUGGAGGAAGGGGAGACGACCAUGUCCGGCAACCCCGCGUACCGCUGGCAGUUCAUACGGGGGCGGGACGGCACCAAGGCCACGGCACGGGCGCUCAAAACGGUGCUGGAGAUUCUGCAGGAGUCUUUCGACCCGAUCAUCGACAACGGCAGCGGGGAGGACCUGCUGCCCCGCAUGGUGCAUGCCGAGUCGGCUGGGGACUACGACUUCCAAGGGAUGUACUCCAUACUGCUGCGUUACAGGGGCGCUGACAAGGAGGCCCGCGGUCGGCCCGUGCUGGCGGGUCUGGUCCGUGUGUUGGGCUCCAGUAUGGCGGAGGUCCCGCUGGUGGCCACCCGCUACGACUGCCGCCGCCAGGGGCACCUGCGGGCGCUGGUGGAGGGGCUUAGACACAGGCUCAUUGCUCUGGGGGUGCGGGCCAUGGUGCUGCCGGCCACGGCGGAUGCGCUUCCGGCUUGGCGCCAGCUCGCUUUCAUGGACCUUGACGAGGGCUCUGUCCGUGUGGCGCGAGGCGAGCACCGGAUGAUCAUCUUCCCGCACACCAGCGUGGUGGUUCGUCAGCUCAUCCGCGUACCCGGUCACGACUCUCAGCAGCUGCCCUCCGCGCACCAGGCCGCCGACCCCGCGUUUGCCGAUGCGUUCGCGGCCGCGCUGGAGGAUGCGCGCAAGGCGAGCGGCGUCGAGGUGGCGGAGAGCGACGCGCGCGUCGCCGCCACGGUAGAGGCAGUGGCGGCAGCCGCCGCUACCUCUACCGGCGGCAGCGGUGGCCUCGGGAUGGGACUCGGCUUGGGCAUGGAGCUAGGUGUCGUACCAAUGGAUGUCGACAUGGAAGCCGAGGCCAUGUCGAUUGACGAGAUGUACGAGAUGCAUCUGGGGUUGCCUGCCGCACCAUCGCUGUCGCUGGGCGUCGGUGAUGAUGUGCUGGCGGCGGCACAGCCGUCAGGUGGCGGCCGCAGCCGGGGGCGGGGACGCGGCCGCGGCCGCGGCCGCCGUGGCCGGGCUUACGUUGUGGCUGCGGAUAUACUGGGUCCUGGUCACACACACGAGGACAUAAUGGCGUACGCGAGGGACCCGUCGUACAGUGAUGACGACGACGAUGAGGACUACGGACGUAACUCCCGGGGCGGCUACGGAGGGCGGUGGAAAGGUCGCGGCCGCGGGCGAGGCCGUGGACGCGGGCGGGGCCGAGUAGUGCGCGGGAGAGGGCGGGGUCGGGGUCGGGGUCGGGGGGGACGGGGACGCAUGAGCGGCGGCGGCGGUGCGGAUGGAGUCGACGGGGAACACGAGUACGGCGAAGGUGCAGAGGAGGAGGGUGACGAUGACGGGGAAGGGGAAAUCGAAGGGGAUGAGGACAGCGAGGAGGCAGCACAUGAGGCCUGGCAUGCCUUUGCGCACGGCGGUAUCGACUGUGUGAUGGCUGACGGGGAGGCUGCCCUGGCGGCGGCAGCAGUGGUGGGCCAGCCUGCUGCAACGACGGCACGCUUGAUGGCGCAGAUGCCGAUGCAGGGCGCAAUGGUCGCCGCGGCACAGGCUGCCGCGGCAGCCGCCGUCGGUCGGCACACCGUGCAAAGCGGCGUCGGCGUCGCCAUGCACCAGCACCAGCAACACCCCCAUGCGCAUGUAUCGCCGCCGCCGUACAUGCCGUACAGCAGUCAGCAGCUGCAGCAGCAGCAGCAACGUAGGUCCGACAACGGGCUGCCGGGACUCCCACACUACCCGCACCACCACCAUCCGCAUCACCACCACCUUCACCACAAUCAUCAGACCGCUCUCCAGCAGCAGCAGCAGCAGCAUCACCAUCAACAACAACAUCCACAACACUCACAGCAGCAGCUUGCAAAUGGGUCUGCUGGCGGUAUGUUCGAGGCCCCCAGCCACACAUCUGCGGCAAUGGACCUCCAUGGACCGCACACCAUUCCGCAGCCAUCUCACCAUCAACUGUCGUACCAGUACGGCAGCCAGCAACCGCACCAGUUGGCGCACCGGCGGCUGUCUGGCGAUGGCGGAGUGUCGUCCUCCAGGGGGGCAGAGGACACGGUGCCGAUGGGACUGCCAGGCGGCAAUGUUGGUGGCAGCGCUGGAACGGGUGGCGGCACCGGUGGACCUGUCUCUCAUGCCGCCAAGUACAAGAGAGCCCUGGAGCAGUUCCAAGCAUCUCAGCAGCAGCAGCAGCAACAAUCAUUGCACUUGGCGAGCUACCAGCGCAAUUCGCUGCUUGGUGGCGCAAGUGGUGGCGUCACUGGCGGAGCCGCAGCUGCGGCGGCGGCGCUGGCUGCGGGCGCUGCGGGCGUCGGCGCGACUUCAACUGGUUGGGCGACGGCGGCGCAGCAGCAGCAGCAGCAACAACCCUGGCCGCUGCAGGAGCAGCAGCAGCAGCAGCGGGGGCUGCAGCACUACGGAGCAACCUCAUUCGGGGUUUCCUCAGCCUCGGCUCAGCAGCAGCAGCAGAAGCAGCAGUUAGGUCUCCAGGCCGCCCAGGCAGCGGGUACCGGCGGUCUGGAUGGCUGGGGUGCGGCGGCCUCCCGCGCCUUCCCGCCGCCGUCUAGCCACCAGCACAACCCUCACGCUUCUAUCCUGCAGGGUCGCUCCAUACACCAUCACCACCAGCCACAGCAGCAGCAGCAACAACAGCAGCCGCUAUCUCAGGGCCUUGUAGGCUCCCACUACCAUCAUGCGCAUUUCCAUGGCGCUGGAGCGGCGACUACCAGCGGUGGUGGCGGUAGCGCCGGUAGCACGCACCAUCCGUCGCUGAUGCAGGGGCAACAGCAGCAACAGCAGUCCCUGUGGGCCGCAACGCAGCAGCAGCAACAGCAGCAGCAACAGCCUGGACAGCAGUACCAUCAGCAGCACUCUUCGCCGCUGGCAAUGGCGGCAGCGCCGCCGCCGCCGCAGCCGUCUUCUCAGUCUUCCGCAGCUCAGGUCCAGCAACAGCAUCAACAGCAGUCAACUGCUGCAAGCUGGGGUAAUGCCGUUGUCGACCAGCCGUUUCACGAGCGUUUAGCCGCGAUUCAGAGAUACCAGCAGCAACAGCAACAAAAGCAGCCGGGCUCCUGCGGGGCCUUGCCCACGCAACAGCAGCAGCAGCAGCAGCAACAGCAGCACGCGCACUCUCAGGCGCACUCGCACCCGCACUCACAGCUGCAAGGCGCACACCUCGCGGGGGGCUACCUGGGGCAAGGCCAGGACGCCGGGCCGUCCUUCGGCUCCCAACUGCACCAACAACAGCAACAGCACCAACAACACCAGGCGCAGUUGCAAAUGCAGCAAUACCACUAUCACCAGCAGCAGCAGCACAUGCAUGUCGGUAGUGGCGGGGGCGGGGGUGGCGCAGUAGCUCAGCCGGCGCCGGCGGAGCCGAAGGCUCCAGUCCGACCUUUCCAGCGGUCGCGGCAGCACCGCCAGCAGCAGAAGAGCCCAUCCGUGGCGCCGGCAUCGCCCCGGAGCCCACUGCACCGAGCUCCAGCUGUCGUACCCGGUCCCGUACGGCCAUGUGUUCCAGCAUCAGUUGGUAGAAACGAUACAGCAGCCUGCAGCGCCACCGCACCCUCAAGAGCUCUUAAUGGGACAAGCAGAAACCUACCCAGCUACCCGUCCUCCCCCCACCCCAUUACCCAGCUCACCCCCAAACACCACGCCAGUCACCACCAGGGCCACAUGGACCAGCUGCAACUGACCUCCUGA